AAUGGGAAUGGAUGGUAGUGUAAGUUUGAAGAGGGUGAGGAGUGUGGAGAGAUAGGAUUAGAUCAAAAUGGUUAGGAAGAUUGAUUGAUUGUCCGCCACUCAUAUAGUUUGCAUUCACUAUUCACCCAUUCUCUCAGUGAGUUUAGCUGGUUCUCUCUGUGCUUUGCCUUCUUCCUUCAAUGGCUUCCGUUUCAGCUUCUUCUCUCAGCUUCCACUUACCAUCGAAGCCACUUUCCAAGACGGCGGCGCUGAUAGGAACUCCAUGUUCUCGGGCUCUACCUCCAACCGCUUAUCUUUGAAAUCCUCCUUCAUCUCUCCUUUACGUAAGAUUCCGACGCAAACCUCUGCUGCUGCUGCUGCCGCCCCCAAGUUCUCCAUGCGCGUCGCUUCCAAACAAGCCUAUAUCUGCCGUGAUUGCGGGUACAUUUACAACGAUAGAACUCCUUUUGACAAAUUGCCUGAUAAGUAUUUCUGUCCUGUCUGUGGUGCUCCUAAGCGAAGAUUUAGACCUUAUGAGCAAUCUGUGACUAAAAACGCUAACGAAUUUGAUGUGAGGAAGGCGAGAAAGGCGGAGAUCCAGAAAGAUGAAGCUAUUGGGAAGGUGCUGCCUAUUGCUGCUGCAGUGGGAAUCGUGGCACUUGUAGGUUUAUACUUGUACCUGAAUAGCGUCUUCUAGAUCGAGUGGCUUGCUCAAUGACCGGGGCUUAGCAUCAUUUGUUAGCUCAUUUUCUUCACGAGGCUGUUUUAUAUUGAUUUAAAUAUUAUAUGUAUUUUUUCCAUCCACUAUCCACUAUCAAUGACCGGGGCUUAGCAUCAUUUGUUUAAGCUUUGCAAUAUUAUAUGAUAUAUAUAUAUAUUCAAUUAUUUAUU